GCUCCACCCCCUCCCCCGGCGGGCGGGCGCGUUUUCGCAGAGGGCUUUGCAGCUGUUGUAAGCUGGGGGCUGUGCAGAGCCCCCCGCUAACCUCUCCGGCCAUGCGCAGCGCCGCGCACGCGCUGCCUGCUGCUCCCGGCGGCCGAGGGCACCCGGCCUCCCGGCCCCCGCGCCCCGCCGCCGAGCCGCACUGAGCGCCCCGGGCCCCCGCCGCCGGGAUGCGAGAGGCCGAGGGCCAGGAAAAGCCGCCGCGCGAUUUGGCACCCCCCGGACUGGCUGGAAGAUAGGCAACGUGAGAAAAAUGCUUCUUGAGAACUAAGAGACCAAAUCCAGUGAUUUAGGCUUGUCCCAAAUGGACUCGCGAAUGAAUUGUAAAAGCAGGCAGGUCAGCGGUUUGAGUGUGUGUUACCUUCAGAGGUCUACGAUCUUCCAAGCAAAGAACCCUGACCGAAUUCCCGAGUGCGAAGGAAUGCAGCGGUUGGAGGAUGAGCAGAGGUGGCUGGCUGUCCCCAGAGUCUACGUCCUCCAGCCUUGGAUUUUGAACCUUUUGAUGAAAUACGAACAGGUGGAACCCAGAAAUACACAGGUGCCUGGGCACAUCCUGAACGUUGUGAGUGACUUGAAGGCUGCAGACCAAGGCAGUGCCGCCGUCCUGCACGUCUCAGAUGGGUCCUACUACAUCCGGGUGGUUGUUUCCCUGGAAGCCGUGGAGAUGGCGGAAUGUGUUCAGCUGCAGUCUGGGUUCUCCAACAUCAUUGGCAGGAUUAUCAUCUUGCAGAAAUACAUGGUGUGCUUCCAGGAGGAGACCAAAGCGGAGGAGUGCGAGUUCUACCUGUCCGUCCAUCAGUUCAUCGUGUUGCCCUUGCAGAGGCAGAGGAUGGAGGCGCUGAACUGUAAUCAGGAGCCCUCGAUCCUCCAGAAGAUAAAGGAACUGUGGCAGAGAGGCCUCACCCUGAAGACCAUUUCCUCCUCAGGGAUCUCGGUGUCUCAGUUAAUGAUCGACAUAGGGCAGAGACGGCUCAAGGUUUUGAAGCAGAAUGUCGAGGAUUGCCUGGAUUUACUGGACCCAAGUGAGGUGCCAGUCAUAGGGGAGAGGCUCCCUGUCACCAACUGGGAGGCAGAGCGCAAGAGAGAGGAGCUGAGUAAGGACGUCUUUACAGUACCAGCCAACUUCCUGGUGAUCAGCCCAGAGGAGAAGGAGGCGAUUCAUGAUGCCUGCCUGGCAGGAGCUCCUCACACCGUUCCUGGGAGUAGCUGCCUUGACAGGGACCCGGAUGACAGUAGCGUAGUGUCAUGCCCCAAUGACCCUGGUGCGAUGUCCCGAAGUUUGGACGUAUCCCUGGAUAAUCCCUGGGACAAGCUUCAGUCAGUGUCCGUGACUCUGUCAUCCUCCUUGGAAGAGAAGUCCAUUAUCCAGCCCAGCCUGCCAAGCACACAAGAGGCCCAGCUGGCCAGCUCUGCAGAGGAGGCGGCCAUCACGCAGCCUGACAGCAACACCCCAGAUUUCUUGGAGCCUUCCAGCCAGAAGUCCCCUUGUACCUUAUCCCAGGGUGAACCAGUGAAGACUGUAUCCCCAUCACUGCUGUCCUACAGCAGUACAUGUGCCCCAGAGGUUGCCAGUCAAGGAACAGCUGCUGCCACAUUCCAGAGGGCACCACAUGUGGACAAAAACCGUGAUGCCAGCCAUGACAUCCCCUGCGGCCAGCCACCUGGGGCUUUCCAAACCAAUCUGUGCCCUUUCUCUCCUGCUCUUCCUAUUUUGGGCAGCAGAGCAGCACCCCCUGCAAAUGGAGGGCAGGCUGAUCGUGGUGGCGUGGCUUCCCUCCCAGAUGUGGGGAACAGUGGUCUGACAAGCUCUGAAGGGGACACUGAGCUGGGGAGUGGAGCUGGGGGAAAAGAUCGGUGCAGGAGCAGGCAGCACAGGGUGACUAAGAGAAAGCUGCUGGUGGAUGACGAUAAGGUCCAUGGCCAGGUUUUGCCCAGCCCAGGCAAAACCCAUCAGAGAGCACAGAGGAAACCUCCCCAUGCGGAUGUGCCCAUGGGGGACACGCGCUGCAUGGACAUGAACAUAGUGGGCCAGAACCCAGGUAUGGAGUUGGUGAGUGCUCAGAGAGCCAAGAAGAGCAGGCAGGAGCAGGCCGGGCCAGCUCAGGAGCCUGCACUGCCUGGGGACCCGGAGGGGCUGCCAGGAAGAGGGAAUGAGACAGCUGCAGUCGGGAGCAUGGCUGCAUCCGGGCCAGGCCAGCUACAGAUUGAACCAAAUUGUCUUCCUUCCCUCCAGAAGUAUGUGAAAACAACCCCGUUUCAAUACACCUACAAGGCACCAACGCCAGAUCUCUGUGCCCGAGUGAACUUCACCAGGAUCUCGAAGGCGAUGCUGCGGUGGGCCUGCUGGGUGAUCACCAAAGCUGAGCAGCCCUGAGCAGAGGCCCUGGUGGAGUUCCAACGUGCUAUUCAGAGGUUCUCCUGUUCCCGAAGGGAAGAGCAUGACUCGAUAUCCCUACAGAGUAGGCUCUCUGGGGCCAAAAGGAAGGUCCGUUGGCACUCAAGUUACCCAAAAGGCACUCCAAGUCCCCACAACUCCGGCCCAGACUCUUGGAAUAGCUACUGUGCCAUAUGCUGGGAGUCCCCUGCCACAGUGGGGGCAGUCGAAGGGCUGUGGUUGCUGCAGGGAAGCAGCAUGCGUGACCCUUUACUGGCAUGGUGUGACACUGCUGAAUUUCAGGCUUAGCUAUGGCUGGGAGGGGCAACUGGUUUUUUUCCUGUGCUCCACGGAGAAGGGCUGGUGUAGGGAACGUCAGGUAGACAGGAUACCUUGCUGUGGGAUAUUCUGCUCUCCCUCCUCCCUACAAUCACCUCUUCAGCAUGUUAAACCCCAGCUGGAAAGCAAUGCCCUUCAGCGCUCUGCCUGUCCCGCACACCCACCCGGUCUGUUAUUUGUCAAGGAAUGCAAUGAGCGGGGAUAGGAGCAGGUGCUCUGCGUGUGCUUUUGAGAUGCCUAUGAGCAAGGGGCUUGCUACAUCUCCUUACAACCUGCAGCAUCCCUUAACUGGGCUAAUGCCCCAGCCCUAGGCUCCAGCCAGAGGAGUUCCCAUGUUGUAGCAGAGGUUAGGAAAGCACUGUGGUAGCGUUCCUUAUCCGCAGCAGUGCACCCCUCUACCAGUUGCAACUCUGGAGUCAAUGCAGUAGUUUGGUCUUUUAAUGCUUUGUUUGAUUAGGUUCCUGCUCCGUUUGUUAUAAAAUAUUUCACAUGGUUUAUGCUUUGGAAAUGAAAAAUAAAAAGUUGUCUGUUUUUAAA